AAAGCAAAGAUUUUUGACAGAGCAGCGAAUAGUGCUAACAGUAUUAACCGAGUAAAUUGACAGUGCUGUGAGCACAAUCAGCCCAGCUUAAAACGUGCACAUCAUUUAUUGCCUAUGGAUGUCAAAUAGAAAUUCAUAGACAUUGAAACAAUAGUAAACACAUAUUCUCUUUCUCGGUGAGAGAAAUUAGCCAUUUACUCUAAAGAAAGGUGCAAUAAGUCUCACAGAAUCAUGUCGCUGUUGAUGCUCAAGACAAAAGACCUGACUCACCAGGAUCACAUCCUCAAUUUCGAGCUGAUGCUGAAUCCUACGAGGUCAGGACUGCUCCUAAACAAGCAUCGGAGCCUGGAAUCUAAACGAGACAAAGAGAAAGAGAUAUGUGAAGUUGAGAGACAAUUCGCUAUAAAUCACUUUCACGUCGAAAAACGUAUGAUCGAACGAAGACGAAAGCUUCUCCUCGAACACGCAGCUAAAAGGACGUACUAUCGUGACAGCCCUGUUAGCUCGAGGGUCAGGCCACAAGAGCCACUGGAAAUUGAGCUCUCCGAUGAGGACGACGAUUCGGACGAUUGGGAUUCCUUCCCAAUGUCACGUUCCGCUUCCACAAGACAGGGCAAGGUCAAGGGUAAGUCGGCUGGGCACGUGCGCAACAGAGUUGGAGUGUCGAAGUCGAGCAAAAGCACCAGGCCCACCACAGGAAGUUCAUACAACAGACGACCAUUUGGCUCUGUCGAGUUGGAGCCGCGGCCACGGACCACGGCCGGCGGACGACAAGGGAGACAACCGACGCCUAGUUCGACCUCUAAUCAGAGAAUAAGUGGAAAAGGGGCUGUAGAGACGCCCUUUGAAAAAGAACAUAUUCCUUUCGCCCGACGAUCGAACGCCUUUAUUUCUCAGUCCACGUCGUCAACGGUUAGUGGUCGCAAGGAAACGAACGCCUGGCAGUCUCCUUCAAAAGCAGAGACUUCCGGCAAAGGAUCUGUGACAUUUAUGACUCAAACUGAUGCUCAACAUCACCAGGAAAUGGGGCAAGCGCAACAGACAGAACAAGCAGAGGACAUUUCCAAAAACCGUCCAUUCAUAACUGCUUUAAAUACAGAAAAACAGAACACGGCAGAAAUCAAAACUCGUGUGGGUCAGUUCUUAACAAAGGUUGAAGAUUUCAAUUCUCGUCCCCAGUCACAUAAUCGUGAAAAUCGCGCAGAGAGUCCCUGGAUGAUACGAGCUGGAAAGAAGACGACAUCAGCUACAGUAGCUAAGCGGUACAACCAACUAUCUCUUGACGUUCAGAAACUACAUUCCGCCUUUGACAAACUGUGUGUGGAGAGAAACCCUGAUGAACUCCAGAAAAUAGUGAAACUGGCGUCAAAACUGAAAGCCAACGUCAAAUACGCCAGAAAUGUGUCUUUUGUGCCGGUUAUGGGGACGCUAAAAAGUGGUAAGCGAUUUAAAGAAAACGCCCUAUCCAUCCAUUAGAUUUCUCAUACCGUGGACUUCUUUUGUAAUCUUUAUAAACAUGUUCUAGGAAAAAAGGGAAUAAAUUUCAGAUUUUUUUCUUCUUGUUCCAGCAGAUAGGACAGCCUCAGACUCCUUAAAUGGUAGGCACCACCCUCUUGAUCAAAUCGCCAGGGUAGCUUAAGUCAUUUUAAUGAUUUAAGAAGUGAAAUAAAAGAACUCAACCCUUUUGUUUCUACAAAUAUUGGAUACACAUGUAUUCCGUUAUCAUCUAAAGUAUGCACAACGUGAUUUCAGAGGAUACUUGAAAUGCGUGUGUCGCAUGGUGUCGCAAGCAUUCACCAUGUCCAGAGGACAAACUUGCCUAGUGGUAAGUGCUGUGAGGAGUAUGGGACAGUCUACGUGGAGUCUAGAACUACUUCAUUGUUGAAGCUUGUUAUUAUAUUAUGUUUGCUAUUUGGUUGUUAAGCAUUUCCAUACAAACUUGCGUCAUUUUAUUCUCCCAGUACGGUGCUUAUUUACCCAUGAUUAGUAACUUGGUCGUUUGAUUCUCUUGCUUAGAACGUACAUCAGUCGAUUCAUUCCACUUGACAUAAAACAGUCCCGAAGACGUUGCAAGAAAAUAAAGACAAAUUAAUUGAGUCAAGCCAGGUGGCCAGCCUGAAACUGAGAAUUUACUUGAAUUCAGGGUUUCAUAUUUUAAGCCAUUCUAAAAUUCUUGGGCAUAAACUGGAUGACUCAAAACAUGCACAUGUGUCAUGAGAUCUGAGAUAAAUUCAUGGUUAAGACCCAGUGACAAUACAUUUCAUACUUAGGUGAUAAUUCCUUGUGUCGUUGUGAAAUACAUUACUGUUGUUCUAUGUGUAUCCAAUUUUUUUCUUUGAUGAUAUAAAAUCAUGAUUUUUCUCCA